AUGCUCAGAUCCACUUAUGCGCCUCCCCCUCCACUACCGCCAGGAUGGACGGAACACAAAGCACCCUCAGGACACUCGUACUAUUAUAAUGCACAAACGAAGCAAUCCACUUACAAGCGGCCCCAAUCCCAACCGGAGCCGGUCCCGGUACAACAACAUGCCGCGCCGGCCCCUCCAUUUCUGACACCGGACACCCUGCCUCCAUUCUCUUCUACACAGUAUGCGCCACAGGGAUUUGGCUUCGCCCAGCAACCGCAGAAUAUUCCUCACGGUGGCCCGGCUCGGGGAGGUUUCCGCGGUGGCUUCCGCGGCGGAAAGGGUUAUCAGGAUCGCAGAAGGGGGCCAGAGGACCGACCGCGAUCGAAACAUACUAUACCCGGGUGUGCGCCGUGGGUUCUCGUGAAGACAAGGCUUGGGAGACGAUUUGUCUUCAAUACGGAGACCAAUGAAAGUUUCUGGAAAUUCCCGCAGGAUGUGCUGAAAGGAGUUGUGGAGUUCGACCGGAUGGAACGAGAGGCGAAGGAAAAGGAAGAACGGGGAGAGAAAGCUGAAGAGGAGGAACCUCCCGCUGAAGAAAUGGAAACGGCCCCGGAGGAGGAGGUCCAACGACGCGAUUCGAGAGAGCCACCGGUCACCCAGCCAGCAGGGGAAGACAGCGACGAAUAUGAGGAAGUGGAGGUCACGGACAGCGAGGACGAAGAAGCGGGACAGCCGUCCAAACGGACGAAAACCGACGACGGAGAAGACCAGCAACCGGUUGAAUUCACCGAGGAGGAUAUGGAAUACCAACUUGCCGCCAUGGGCGAGGAAUACGGACUGGAUCCCGGCGAAUAUGGCGACCCUGAGGCUGAAGACUGGGAAGAGGGCGCAGAAGGACUUCCCCUCACGGACGAGGAUUCCACGGCUCUUUUCCGCGACUUGCUCGACGACUACCACAUCAACCCGUAUUCACCGUGGGAGAACAUCAUCGAAGAGGGCCGUAUCGUCGAGGACUCCCGGUACACGGUACUCCCGAACAUGAAACGACGCCGGGAGGUCUGGUCCGACUGGAGCCGAGACCGCAUCCAACAAUACAAGGAACAAAAAGCCAAACAGGAAAAGAAAGAUCCACGUAUCAAGUACCUGGCGUUUCUGCAAGAGUACGCCACGCCCAAGCUCUACUGGCCCGAAUUCAAACGCAAAUACCGCAAGGAAGACGAGAUGCGGGACUCUCAACUCUCCGACAAGGACCGCGAGAAGCUGUACCGCGACCUGAUUUCGCGGGUCAAGCAGCCGGAAAGCAAGCGCAAGUCCGAACUCUCGGCACUGCUGAAAUCCGUGCCUCUCCAUGAGCUCCACCGCUCGUCGAAUCUGGAGGCUCUCCCAACGAGCAUCAUCACCGAUGUGCGGUAUAUUGCGCUCUCUGCGAAAGUUCGCGACCCUCUCAUUGAGGCUUACAUCUCUACGCUCCCGCCUGCGCCGGAAGAGCAGCUGACCGCCGAGCAGCGGGAAGAACUUGAGAAGAAGCGGGUGGAGCGCGAGAAACGUGAGAAGGCACUAGCUGAGCGAGAAAAGCAGGUCGGGGAGGAGAAACGGAAACAGCGGGGGGACCUCCUCCGUGGGAAGACGCUUCUCCGAGAAGGCGAGGCGGAGAUCGAGGAAGCCAUGAGAAUCGACAAGGGAGGGCUUCGGAGCUACAUCGAAGGGGAGGGAGCAGACCGGGCGUCCCCCGCCGAGUAAACAAUGAUCAAGAUAUAUACCAUCAAGCCAGAUAGAAACCAUGU